AUGGUCGUUCUUGCUGCAUCUAUUGUCGGUAAAUCUGGUAAAGUGCUAGUUUCUAGACAGUUUGUGGAUAUGUCUCGUAUAAGAAUUGAGGGACUUCUAGCAGCAUUUCCCAAGUUAAUAGGCACCGGGAAACAACACACAUAUUUUGAGACCGAGAACGUGCGCUAUGUUUAUCAGCCAAUAGAAGCUCUAUACCUGCUUCUUGUAACAAACAAACAGAGCAACAUACUGGAAGAUUUGGAUACUCUGAGACUUCUCUCCAAACUUGUCCCUGAAUAUUCUUAUUCCCUCGACGAAGAGGGUAUCUGCAAACAUGCCUUUGAGCUGAUUUUUGCAUUUGAUGAAGUCAUCUCUCUUGGGCACAAGGAGAAUGUGACUGUUGCACAAGUUAAACAAUACUGUGAGAUGGAAAGUCAGGAAGAGAAGCUGCACAAGCUGGUUAUGCAGAGCAAGAUCAAUGAAACUAAGGAUGUAAUGAAGCGAAAAGCAAGUGAGAUUGAUAAGAGCAAGAUUGAAAAGAAUAGAAGUGAUAAAGGAGGCUUUGGUCCGUUAACCUCAAUGGGAUCUGGAAGAGUUGAAAAUAGCUUCAAUGAUAUGAGCAUAUCUAGCACUGGAUCUGGCUUUGGAAGCGGUACUGGUUUUGGAUUGACUACUGAUGUUGAUUCCUUUUCUACCAAGCCUAAAGGCCGUCCAACUGCAUCUGCCACUGCUCCGCCAAAGGGUCUUGGUAUGAAGCUCGGUAAAUCUCAAAAGACAAAUCAGUUUUUGGAAUCACUGAAAGCAGAAGGUGAGGUCAUUGUUGAAGAUGUUCAGCCAAGAAUUAGCCAGUCUCGGACAGCUGCCCCACCGCUUACUGAUCCUGUCACUUUAACUGUUGAGGAGAAACUAAAUGUCACACUGAAACGAGAUGGCGGAGUUAGUAAUUUUGAUGUUCAAGGCACAUUGUCUCUCCAAAUUCUUAACCAAGAUGAUGGAUAUAUUCAAGUUCAGGUCCAAACUGGUGAUAAUCAAGCCAUCUCUUUCAAGACACACCCUAAUAUGAAUAAAGAGCUAUUUGCCAAUGAACAUAUUUUAGGUCCAAAGGAUCCCAACAGGCCUUUCCCCACUGGACAAGCCAGUGAUGCUGCAGGUGUUGGGCUUUUAAAGUGGAGAAUGCAAAGCACCGAUGAGUCAAUGGUGCCACUGACAAUCAACUGUUGGCCCUCUUCUUCUGGAAAUGAAACUUACGUCAGCAUUGAAUAUGAGGCUUCAUCAAUGUUUGAUCUACGGAAUGUUGUGGUUUCUGUACCGCUUCCACCUCUUCGAGAAGCACCAUCUGUUAGUCAGAUUGAUGGAGAAUGGAGGUAUGACUCAAGGAAUUCCAUUUUGGAGUGGUCUGUUCUUCUGAUUGAUAAUUCAAAUCGCAGUGGGUCAAUGGAGUUUGUUGUUCCACAUGCCGAUUCAUCAGCAUUCUUUCCCAUUUCAGUUCGUUUUAUGGCAACUGAUACAUUUAGUGACCUGAAGGUUACGACUAUCAUACCGGUUAAGGGUGGUAAUCCUCCCAAAUACGCGCAGAGAACACAGUUGAUAACAGAAAACUAUCAAGUUGUGUGA